AUGGCGCCGGCUAUUUACAGGUGUAAAGUUUGUGCUGCAAAUAUUGCAAAAACACAACCAAGUGUGCGUUGUUGCAAAUGUCUUGAGUGGGUACAUAGCAAAUGUACUUAUCUUACGACUGAGGAAUUUAAUAAAUUGGCAUCUGAUAUCAAAAAUGGGUUGGAGUGGAGCUGUCACGCCUGCAGAAGUGAGGUUGGAGCAUCGGGUGUAUCGGUUUCUGAUGGAAAUAGGGCUGUGGAUGAAGUAAUGCUUAAAAACGUACUUGAAAAAUUAUUAAUACCAUUCCAAAAUGGUAUUAAAGAUGAUUUAAAAAACCUUCUGGAAUCCAAACUGGAUAACAUAACCUCUAAAAUGGAUCAGAUUCUACAGGAAAAUAUUGAGCUUAAGCAACAGAAUACGGUAUUAACGGAGCGAGUGGAGAGUCUUGAGGCCUCAAUUGGGUUAAAUAAAGAUAACGUUGAUUUGGAAAAGAUUUUAUCUGAAUUUAAUGAUCGUACUCGAAGAGCUUACAAUAUUAUGGUGUUUAAUGUGGAGGAAUCCAGUAAAGAGCAUAGCGAAGAGAGGCUAAGUGAUGAUAAGAAGAAAGUUAUUGAGGCUAUUUUAUCUUGAAGUCAGAUCGAGUGUGAGAAUGUAAGGGCUUUUCGAAUUGGAAAGUUUAUUAGAGGUAAAUGUAGACCCAUAAAAGUUGUGUUGAACUCAGC